AUGGCUGACGGAGAAGAAACAGGGGUUCAUCAACCCAACCCUCGGUUGGGUAUCAUCCAACAACAGCAGAGGCUAUUUGCUAAUCGAUCUGCGAUUCAACCACCCGCUCCUGUGAGGCAAGACUAUGAGAUUAAGCAUAGUCUAAUCAACUUGGUUCAGAAUCGUGUGUUCCACGGGUUGCCGUCGGAGAGUCCUCUAGAUCAUAUCGAAGCCUUUGAAAGACUGACCAGUACGACGAGGUCCAAUGGUGUCCCCUACGACUACCUAAUGCUGACUCUGUUCCAGUUUUCUUUGGCGGAUAAGGCAUUGAGAUGGCUGAAUCUACUGGAUCCUGGAUCGCUCACCACUUGGGCACAAUGUAGAGUGGCUUUCCUGAACCACUUCUACACUAAGUCGCGCUCAGCCAAACUGCAAAGCAAAAUUACCACAUUCUCUCAAGGAGGCAUGGAGACAUUUUGUGAAGCAUGGGAAAGGUUCAAGGAGUAUCUUAGAGACUGUGCUCAUCACGGGUACACCCAAGAGAACCUGAUGAACAUCUUCUAUGGGGGCAUCGAACAGAAGUACCAGAUGGCGUUAGACACAGCCAGCAAAGGAGACUUCUCCACCAACACCGCAAACAAGGCCAAUGCACUGAUAGAAAAUCUUGCGGCAAGCAAUAGCAAUCACGGUACAGACUAUGAUCGUACGGUUCGGGUCAAUGCUGUCAAGACUGAUGCUAUUAAGGACCUCACAGCCAAAGCUGGAGGAUAUGCAGAUUUCGGAGCUGAGACUUACCUUGAGGGUACGGAGGAGAUGAACUACAUAGGUGGACAAGGAAAUUAUCAGAAUCGAGGCUUUAUCCAGAAUUUCAGGAAUCAUCCUAAUCUGUCCUACAGGAGCAACAAUGUCGAGAAUCCCCAGGAUAAGGUCUAUCCUCCGCGACCUCAGCAGAGCAAUUUCGCACAAGGCUUCCAGAACAAGGGAACAAGCUUUGGAGGAUCGAAUUUUCAGCAGAAGCCUCAAGUCAACAACUUCCCACAAGGUUAUCAAGCAACUGCACCACAGGCCGCAACCCUGCAAGAGAGCAAAUUGGAACAGAUGAUGCAUGCUCUGAUGGAAAAUCAAAAGAAAAACGCCACUGAGGUGACUGUCAAGAUCGACAGCAUGUAUUCUGAACUGAAUGGGAGAAUAGAGUCGUUAAACUCUCACAUGAGAGUGUUGGAGAACCAAGUGGAACAGUCUGCAGCUAGAGUCAAGGCACCUCCAGGAACACUUCGAAGCGGCAGGGAGCUUACAGAACAACAACAAAAAGAAGGGAUUGACCGAUCCAAUAACAAGACUGGCCAAUCUAAAACCCAGAAUCAGGAAAACAACCCUGACGAGGUUCCCAACCAAGCUUCUGAUGAUAUUAAAAUCCCUGGUUCAGCUACUCCUGGAGGAGAGCAACCAUGCAAACCCCAUCAGCCUUAUGUACCUAAACUACCUUUCCCUAUGCGUCGCAAGUCCAAGAUACAGGAGCGAGAAUAUGAAAAGCUGAAAUCAGUGGUAGGAGAGCUUCAGGUCAGACUCCCUUUCAUCGAAGCAGUAAGGAUGGUUCCAUCUCUCAAGAAGUACAUGAAGGAGAUCCUCACUGAUAAGCUCAGUUUGGAGAAAGGAGUAAUGUAUCUCACGCAAGAAUGCAGUUCAAUGCUCCAAAAUCGAAUGCCAGAAAAAUGUGGAGAUCCAAGACCGUUUACUCUGCCCUGCACAAUAGGAGAUCUCAAGUUCAACAAGUGCCUCUGUGAUUUAGGAGCGAGUGUGAGCCUGAUGCCACUCAGCGUUGCAACGCGACUUGGUCUUUACACCUUCAAACCUACCCAAGUCACCCUAGUCCUUGCUGAUCGCUCUACUCGCCGUCCAGAAGGAGUAUUGGAGAACUUACCGGUCCAGAUUGGGAACCGCUACAUACGCCGUCCAGAAGGAGUAUUGGAGAACUUACCGGUUCAGAUUGGGAACUGCUAA